AUGACUGAAGUUCCAGAAGAACAUUCAAAUGAUUUCAUUCCAUCACUUCCUCCUUCAUUUCAAACAAACUUUGGAAAUGAACGUUUUGUCGAUUUGUUAAAAGAUAUUUUGAAAGAAUACACAUUAUUAUAUGAAGAUAACAAAGCACUCAUUGCACAAUUAGAAGGAUUAAAAGUUCAACCAAAUGUAAGAAAUGUCAAAUUUUAUCAAUCAGAUGUGGUUGAUACAAAAAAACCAAAACCACAAAAAUCAACUUAUUCUCAUUAUGUUAGUAAAAAAACAACAGAACAUUGGAAAUUUUUACAUAAUUAUAUUUUGCAUCGUGAUUGUAUUCUUGACUUAGCAUGUAGUCCUUGGGAUAUGAGUAUUUUUGCAACAGCAAGUUCAGAUAGAAGUGCUCGUAUAUCUACUGCUGAAUCAGGUAAAUGUCUUCAAUUUUUAGUUCAUCCACGACCAGUUUCUUCAUUAAUGUUUCAUCCAACUGAACACCUAUUAGCUACAGGAUGUGGUGAUGGAAUUGUUCGUUUAUUUAAAAUUGGUGUAACGAUCGAUGAAGACCAUAAAGAACAAUUACCAACAACUGAAGUUAAAAUUGGUGACAUUGUUAGUGGUGUGUGUUUAAGUAAUGAUUCAAUUUAUACUGCAACUUGGGGUGGUGUUGUUGGUGUUUAUGACUUACGUGGUGAACAUAUUUCAUCAAUCAGUUCUAGUAUUGGUAUAAAUGAUCAUAUCACUUCAUUAGCUUCUGACCUUUAUUCUCCAAUUCUCUCAUGUACAGCAACUGAUGGUAGUUUAAGACUUAUAGAUAUUAGGACCCCAAACCAUGCUCGAAUAGAAUGUAUUAAUGCACAUUCCGAUUCAUGUAUUUCAGCUCAAUUUUGUGAACAAGGAAAAACAAUUGUAUCAACUGGUUUUGACAAAAUAGUAAAAAUAUGGGAUACUAAAAUGAUGAAAGUUCCUAAGGCAAUGUAUAAAAUAUCAUACCCUUCUAAAAUAAAUAUCUCUCAAAAUGAUAAAUUCCUUGUACAGGCAGAAGAUAAGUCCUGGAUUAUUAUUGAUUCAAAUGGACUACGUCAUGGUAAGUUAAAAAUUGGUGCUGAUGUUUUACAAAGAGAGCACUUAAGACUUCAAAUUUGCUCUUCAUUUAGUUAUGAUGAGAGUGUUCUUUAUACAGCUGGUUUAGACAGGCAUGUUAUUGCUUGGGGAGUUCAAACUAAUUAA